CAUAUUUAUCAAAAUGGCGGACGCCGACUUGGUAGUCCGAAACGACAUUCGGUCAGCAAUGUGGAAUCCAGGAGGAUGGAAAAGCUUGUUGACAUUUUUCAUUUUAGCUCUAGCAUGGCUUGCAGGCUUCAGUGCUCGCUUGUUUGCUGUCAUUCGAUUCGAGAGCAUUAUUCACGAAUUCGAUCCAUGGUUCAAUUACAGAGCCACACAUUAUAUGGUUGAAAAUGGAUUCUAUAAUUUUUUGAACUGGUUUGAUGACAGAGCCUGGUAUCCUUUGGGCAGAAUUGUUGGAGGCACAGUAUAUCCUGGAUUGAUGGUGACAUCUGGCUCUAUUCAUUGGAUACUAAACCAUUUGAAUAUUCCAAUACACAUUAGAGAUAUUUGUGUAUUCCUUGCUCCGAUAUUCAGUGGUAUGACCUCCAUGUCAGUGUAUCUUUUCACUAAAGAAAUUUGGAAUCCUGGUGCAGGUUUAUUUGCAGCUUGUUUUAUUGCUAUUGUCCCUGGCUACAUUAGCAGAUCUGUUGCUGGAAGCUAUGACAAUGAGGGCAUUGCCAUUUUUGCUCUUAUGUUCACCUAUUAUCUUUGGAUAAAAGCUGUGAAAACUGGUCAAGUUUUCUGGUCCAUUUGUUCUGCACUAUCAUAUUUUUACAUGGUCUCUGCAUGGGGAGGAUAUGUAUUUAUCAUCAACCUUGUUCCUUUGCAUGUUUUUGUUUUACUUCUCAUGGGGAGAUAUUCACAGCGUAUAUAUACUGCCUAUACAUGCUUUUAUAUUGUUGGACUUAUUUUGUCCAUGCAAAUUCCAUUUGUUGGUUUCCAACCAAUCCGCACAAGUGAACACAUGGCUGCUGCAGGUGUUUUUGCUUUAAUAAAUGCUUAUGCAUUUUUGAAGUAUAUCCAAAAUUUCCUGACCAAAUCAGAGUUCAGAUAUUUCUUCUUUGCUGCUGUAACUAUUGCAGCUGCUGUUGUGUUUGUUGCAGUUGUUGGAUUAACUUGGGCAGGUUACAUUGCACCUUGGAGUGGUCGUUUCUAUUCCCUAUGGGACACAGGUUAUGCUAAAAUCCAUAUACCAAUCAUUGCUUCUGUGUCUGAGCAUCAGCCCACAACCUGGGUGUCAUUUUUCUUUGAUCUGCAUAUUUUGGUUUGUGCCUUCCCUGUAGGAGCAUGGUAUUGCAUCAAGAAUAUCAAUGAUGAACGUGUAUUUGUGGUGCUGUAUGCUAUAUUUGCUAGUUAUUUUGCUGGUGUGAUGGUUCGUUUGAUGCUCACAUUAACUCCAGUUGUUUGUGUGCUGGCUGCUAUUGCUUUUUCCAAGACAUUUGAAGUCUAUCUUAAGGAUGAUUCUCCAAAACAAAAUCAGAAGAACUUAGAUGAAAAUGGGGAAAAUAAAAAUGACAGGUUGUAUGAUAAGGUUGGAAAUAAAAAGAAAGUUCGAGAUGACAAACCAAAAGAUGAAGAAGGCCUUGGAAUCAAUGUUAAAAGUAUUAUUGUAGUUGCUCUUCUCAUGAUGCUAAUGCUCUUUGCUGUGCAUUGUACUUGGGUUACGAGCAGUGCAUACUCCAGUCCAAGCAUUGUCUUAGCAUCUUAUGGACAAGGCGGAAGUCGAACUAUUCUUGAUGAUUUUCGUGAAGCAUAUUACUGGUUACGACAAAAUACAGAUGACAAGGCUCGUGUCAUGUCUUGGUGGGAUUAUGGAUAUCAGAUAGCGGGAAUGGGUAAUCGGACUACAUUGGUAGACAACAAUACUUGGAAUAACAGUCAUAUUGCUUUGGUUGGGAAAGCAAUGUCUUCUAAUGAAACUGCAGCCUAUGAAAUAAUGAGGAUGUUGGAUGUAAAUUAUGUUCUAGUCAUAUUUGGAGGUGUGAUAGGUUACUCUGGAGAUGAUAUAAACAAGUUCUUAUGGAUGGUCCGAAUAGCAGAAGGGGAGCAUCCUAAAGACAUUAGGGAAACAGAUUACUUCACACCUCAAGGAGAGUUCAGAGUAGAUUCAGCAGGGUCUAAGACAUUGUUAAAUUGUCUUAUGUACAAACUGUCAUACUACAGAUUUGGUCAGAUGCAGCUGGACUUCCGUAGCCCAGCUGGAUUUGACCGCACAAGAGGUGUAGAAAUAGGAAACAAAAACUUUGAGUUAACUCAUGUGGAAGAAGCUUAUACAACAGAGCAUUGGCUCGUAAGAAUUUACAAAGUUAAAGACUUGGAGAAUAGGAGUGAACUAAAAACUCCACAUAAGCCCAUCAAGAAAUCAAAGAGGAAACCUAAGAAGCAAUCUACUAAGAAACCAGGUUUGAUAAAACACAAGCCUAAAAUUGUCAAGGGUAAAAAAUCUAAGCCUACCACAACAAAGCCAUCUACACCCAAAACCACUGCCAAGACAGGUGCAAAAUAAAUUAAAUUGCUGUGUUUUUGAAAGUAAACAGAGUGCAUUUGGCAGUGAUAAAGUAUUCAAUGUUAUGGUGUGUGUGUGUGUGUAUGAAACCAAUUACAACAAUCAAGCAAGAUGUUCAUUCUUAAAUUUAUUGCAGUGCAUGUGAAACUGAACUAGAAUGGGGAUGAUUAAAACAUGAUGUAAUCAUUUUAAGUAGUUGUUUUCAUUUGAAUAUGUAAUUUACUUGAUUUUGGCAGUAGUGAGGUUGAAUAUUGUUCAGAGCCAAUUUUGCCUUACAUAAAGGUUUUAUUUAACUCUAUACAGCAUAAAUGGAUUACUUAAAUCUGUUUUUUAAAAGUGCUAAUUUUUAACUCAAAUUCUAUCCAUUGAAAUAUUAGAUUGACCGUUAUUUGUGGCACAGUAAAAUACACGUCCUGACUUUGUUGACUGUGAUAUAACAUUCCCUUUUUGUGGUUCACUGUGCUAUGAUAUAACAGUUGUUACAACCAUUGUAAAAAAAUAUCUUGUAACUGACGUGAUUUUAAAUUAAAGAAUCUUUAUAUUUAAGUAAUAGAGCUAUACUAGUUGUACUGAGGUACAGGAAAUAGUCGUGUAAUCGGUUAUCUAAAGGAUCAACAAAUUAUUUUUAGAAAAAGCCCUUCAUUUAUUGUGUAAUGAAUGGAACCACUAAUCAGACCAUUUUAUCCUUGUAUGGGCACAGAAAAACCCUGAAGACAUCAGUGUAUUUAGUGUUAACUGUUAUAAAAAGCAGUGUUUUGAAUCACAUUAGUGUCAUAGUUGCAUUUGUUGUAAAAGUGCAUUUGUAAUGUUAGCUCUUCACAUGAUUUUACAUUUAGUUUAAUAUAUUUGUGUUGUAUUGAUUUAAACAUUGACGCAAAUUAAAACUUAAUAUUGAUGUUUAUUUUGUUUCUUACUCAGAUUUUUGUUUGACUUGUGAUUUUCUGUUGUAUUUCAGUCUAAAUGCAUUUCCAUAAAUGUACAUUUUUGACUUCAUUUUGUUGUGCUAAGAAUCAUAACUGCCACUAAUCAAGCUUUUAACUGCUUUUUGUGUUUGAUCAUUCUAAUCCUUAUAAACAUAAGCCAUAAAAGAAAAAAUUAGAUCUGGACAUACUUCAAACUAUAUUUAAACAAAUUUGUCUUUUAAAAUUAUUUUUCCAAAACUUUAAAAUUACAUUUCUGAGAUGAAAUAGUUUUCCUUACACAUAAUAAUAGGCACAACUUAUGCAAGCUGCACUUUACAGAAAUCUUUUAUUGUGAUUAUAUUUAGGGGUGUUGUAAAUGCAGGUAUUUUAAUUUAAAAUUGGAGUAUGGCAAAUUUUAUGGUUGCAAUGGGUCUUAUUUUCAGUUGAUCUUUUUUUCCCUCAAAUUUCACAUUUGUAUUUUUUUAUGCAUGGAAAACCAUAUUCUUUUUUUUCCCUCUUUAUUGUGAAUUUUUCUCUUUUCAUGACUAUUUAAAGCAGCCAUGUUAUUCGUUGAAGUGUAUGAAUCCAGAGAAUGUGUUAACAAUUUGUAUAUAUAUCAUGUCCCAACAUUGUUGUAGGUUAAUGUUUUUUUUUAAAUUAAAAAGAAAACUGAGUACAUUCUAAUUAGUAUUGUACCCAAUUAUACCACUCACCUCAGUGUCAAAUUAAAAAGUCUGAAUUCUAUGCACGUCAAAAUGAAAUUUGAGUUUUUAGUUACAUAAAGCUGUUUACUCAGUAUUCAACAAUUAAAACAAAAUCAAAAUACCCUAUUAAAAGCUUGAGAGACAUUC